CCCAAACACAUGGUCCAUUGAUUUUUAGUCACCCGCCUCCCAAUUUCAGAGGCAUGAUCAAAUGCUGCAUUGUUGCAUGCCAUCAUUGUCAACAAGAAGACCAAAUCUCAUUUCAUCACUCCCACCACCGCAGCAAGGGAAUUCAGCCGAGGGUACGCCGAGGUCAAGUGCUCAACGCUCUCCUACAGUCAAUCUCAUUGAUGAAUACACCCUUGCCACCCAGUCCAAGUCAUUCAGUGAAAUAUGGUCCAUAAUUCAUCCUAGUGACCCUUAUGAAAAUCCAGACUCAGGGCACACGGAUGCCCAUUGUGCAGAGCAGCUUUUGGCACAGAUCCUUAACCCUAGCCGAGAGUGGGUCCAAGAGGCACUUAAGCAUGCCCGGCCCAACACGCUUACUCACCUUGUAUCUGCCUAUUUUGACCACAGCGAGAACACAUCCCAUCUGUGCCUCAUCCUCCGUGAUAGUGUCCACAAUGCCCACUCUCUCUACUGUGAUCUUCAUAAACUCCUUGAUGUCCUCCCCCUAGACACUGAUUCCAACUCUCUCUCCCAAUCUCAGUGUGACACAGCCUUUGAUGUCUUCCUUCAAUUUGACCACCUCAACAAUCCCUUCCCCGACCCUGAGUCCCGCAACUUCCAAGACAUGCGCCGCUGCUUCUCCCAGCUCAAACAACAACUCCACCGCCGGCUCCGCAAGUCCCGCUCUAGGGUCCGCCUCCUCCAAAGUGCUACCACUUGCUCUGCCAUUUGUUUGAUUGGUUCUGUUGUUGGUGUUGCCAUAUCUGUGGUGGCCAUAGCUUCUCAUGCUGUUGUUGCCAUUGUUGCAGGCCCACUACUCCCUGCGUUCCUUCCUUCCAAGAUCUCUAAGAAGGAGCUUGCCCAUGUGGCACAGCUUGAUGCUGCAGCCAGGGGUACUUAUGUUCUUCACAAUGACCUCAACACGAUUGAUCGCCUGGUUAAACGUUUAUAUGCUGGCGUUGAGGAUGAUAAGCUUCUUAUUCAUCUCGGAUUGGCGAGAGGCAGAGACAGACAUCCCAUCCAUGUGGUUGCAAAGCAACUUCAAAAGAACCAUCGUAAUUUUCUUAGCCAGCUUAAGGAUCUUGAGGAACACAUUUGCCUAUGCUUUGCUGCAAUCAACAGGGCUAGAUCUCUCCUCCUCGAUGAGAUCCGUCUUUAUCAAUCUCAUUAUUCGUAACCCAUUUGCUGGAUGAACCAGUGAGUGAUUUGUGGUCCACAUGUGCAUCCUAUUUCUAUUGUUUAUAAUUAUUUGAACAUUUUUGCUGCCCCUAAGGAAGGAUUAAAGAUAAAUUUUUUAAUGUAUCCAGUUGUCAUUUACUUUUUGUA